AAUGACAACAUUACGGGAAACCAUUGGAUUUCGGUUCGUCGUUACAUCGAGAGGAAACGGGGCAAGGUGCAGGGAGUUAGUGGGGUUCGCGGUGGUUUAACGUGAAGGGCGGACAUCACGAAAGAGUGGGAAAGGAGGAGGGGGGCGUUUAGGGGGUGGGGGCGCGCUCGUGACGUCAUGCGCCGCGUUGGCUCGCGCUGGAGAAACUUUUUGGACCCCCCGCCCCCACUUUUUCCCCUGGCAAGAGCAAGGAAGAAACUUACACCGUUUGGGUGAAUGCAUACCACUGUAAGGAGCAGCUCCUUCAGCAAAGGGGGGGAAGAAGGCAGGCGAUUAUAUGGAAACCGAGAACAUAGUUUAACCUUUUAAACUCGGUCGCUAUCUGGCUGGAACAAGCUUGGUAUCUGGAUUGCAAUCCCUCCUUCUCCUCGUUUGAUCGUGGGACAGAGAAACGGAGCAGGGCGAAAUGGCGGAAACCAAAAUAAUUUACCAUAUAGACGAGGAGGAGACGCCGUACUUGGUGAAAAUCCCCGUCGCGGCGGAGGAAAUCACGCUGCUGGAUUUCAAGCAGGUCCUGAACAAGCCCAGCUACAAAUUUUUCUUCAAAUCCAUGGACCAGGAUUUCGGGGUUGUGAAAGAGGAGAUCUCCGACGACAGCGCCAAACUGCCGUGUUUCAAUGGGCGGGUGGUGUCGUGGCUGGUCUCCUCCGAAGGCCCUCUCGUGGAGGCAGGGCCCCCCCCUGUAGAGGUGCGACCCGAGCCGUCCCCCCCGCCGCCGCCUCUGCCCCCCCCACCCGCAGAGAGGACCGGGGGCAUUGGGGAUUCCCGCCCCCCCUCCUUCCACCCCAAUGCCACGGACAGCAUGGAGAACCUGGAUGAGCGAACGGAGACGGAGUCGGUGGUGUCGUUGCGGAGGGAGCGGCCGCGGAGGAGGGAGAGCGAGGAGCAGCACGGGCAGCGCGUGAACGGGCAGAGUCGCCUAGAGCGCCACCUAGCGGGCUAUGAGAGUUCCAGCACGCUGAUGAGCAGCGAACUGGACACCACUAGCUUCUGUGACUCUGAUGAGGACGAUGCCAUGAGCAGGUUUAGCAGUGCCACGGAGCAGAGCACUGCGUCCCGCCUGCUGAAGAGGCAUCGCAGGCGGAAGAAACAGCGCCCCUCAAGGCUGGAGCGGGCAUCUUCUUUUAGUAGCGUCACGGACUCCACCAUGUCCCUGAACAUUAUCACGGUGACGCUGAACAUGGAGAAGUACAACUUCCUGGGCAUCAGCAUCGUGGGCCAGAGCAAUGAGAGGGGCGACGGGGGCAUCUACAUCGGCUCCAUUAUGAAGGGCGGGGGCGUGGCGGCAGAUGGCCGCAUCGACCCUGGGGACAUGCUACUGCAGGUCAAUGACAUCAACUUCGAAAACAUGAGCAACGACGACGCAGUCAGGGUGCUGCGGGAGAUCGUCCACAAGCCGGGGCCCAUCAUCCUCACAGUGGCCAAGUGUUGGGACCCCACACCUCAAGGCUACUUCACACUCCCACGCGAUGAGCCGAUCCGGCCCAUCGACCCCGCGGUGUGGGUGAGCCACUCGGUGGCCCUGACUGGGGUGUACCCCCCGUUUCCCGGCAGCUCCUCACUCAGCACCAUCACCUCCAGUUCCUCUCAAUUCAGUAAUUCUCGUUUUGCAUCUCCAGGUUUCGAUGAGUUCAGCUUAUCUCUGCACUCAGACAUGGCGUCUGUGGCCAAGGCUAUGGCAUCCCCAGAGUCGGGCUUGGAGGUCCGAGACCGCAUGUGGCUAAAGAUCACCAUCCCUAAUGCCUUCCUGGGCUCGGAUGUGGUAGACUGGCUGUACCACCACAUCGAGGGCUUCCAGGACCGGCGUGAGGCACGGAAGUACGCCAGCAACCUGCUGAAGGCCGGAUUCAUCCGCCACACCGUCAACAAGAUCACCUUCUCUGAACAGUGCUACUACAUCUUUGGGGACUUCAGCGACUGCGAGAACUAUAUGGCGAACCUCUCCCUGAAUGACAAUGAUGGCUCCAGUGGGGCAUCCGACCAGGACACGCUGGCCCCCCUGCCCCUCCCGGGGGCCACGCCGUGGCCGCUGCUUCACUCUUUCCCCUAUCAGUACCCCCACCCCUACCCCAGCCAGCCGCCGCCCUACCACGAGCUGUCCAGCUACAGCUACGCCCCCGGAAGCACUGGCAGCCAGCACAGCGAAGGGAGUCGAAGCAGCGGCUCAACGCGCAGCGAGGGCGACAGGCGUCUGGGAGGCAAGAGUGCUGGGGGCAGCACUGCGGGCAGCGUGCGGGAGGAUAAGUCCCCGGUGGGGGGCGGGGCCGACUCGUGCUCGGGCAGCGGCAGCGAAUCGGAGUACUCCACCCGCAGCAGCCGGAGGCGUGACCACGGCUCGGCCACGCCCAGUGAGCACAGCCACAUCAGCCAGCGCUCACACUCCCGCGCCCCGCCCCCACACAUGCCCUACCCCCCCGGCAUCCCGCUGCCCUACAACCCCAUGAUGGUCAUGAUGUUGCCCCAGCACCCACACCCGGCCAUGGGCCCCCCGCUGCCUCCGCACCCCACUGGGCUCCCUCACCCCACCCUGCCUCCUACUAGCACCCCAGGGGGGCCGCCCGGGGCCCCUCCGAUCCGUGACCUGGGCUCCGUGCCCCCCGAGCUCACUGCCUCACGCCAGUCCUUCCACCUGGCCAUGGGCAACCCCAGCGAGUUCUUUGUGGAUGUGAUGUAGUGACGGAUGGGUGGGGGUUGUGCAUCUGGCUGUGUUACCAUAAUGGUGGUGGGGUCUGUCUCCCUUGAUCUCAUCCUCCCAGUGAAGAUGCACGCCCCAGCUCUGUGCCCUAACAGCUACUACUUCCUCUCCGUCACUUGACCCAGCUGGGAUCUUCCUGCGGUUUCCUGUUGCUGUCCAAGCCUUUUGCUUUACAGGUAGUCAUGUGACCACGGACAGCGAAUCACAGCACGCCUCCUCGGUCCCUCGCUGACCUGUGGAUGUUACGCAGCCGUACUUAUUCCCUGCACCUCCCUCCACUUCAGUAACAUGGUUACACACUGAAAACACGAGUAGGCUUGUUAGUCACUCUAAGGACCAUCCUGAAAGGAUCUCCAACCCCCACCCCCAAUGAGAAAGUCGGGGAGGGGCAUCAGUGCUGAUGAAGGUGCCGGCUGGCACCCCCCUACAGUACAUCCCGGUCUUCAGAACAUUGUCCCAUUGGUGGGCGUGACGUCUCCGAAUUCCGAAGGAGGUGCUUCAGAGGAGCUGUGGAGUCUGUCUGCAGUGACGAGGGCUGGGAUUGUUUUUCUACCUUCGGCUCUCAGUCAUCUGAGUGAAGACUGACAGACACGAUCUAGCAUCAGACUCAGCUGCUGGAAUAGAAGACGGAAGUCCGGCUGAAAUGCACCUAAGCCGACUUAAAAUGACAGCUUUUCUGUUUGUAACGGAUCAGACUGGAACGGUACCGAGUCGGCUUGGGUUUCUUUUUUCUUUUCUAAGGGGGACAGUUUCAUACUUCAGGCAGCAUUUGGGGUCAGGCUGUAUAAACGGCCACAGUGAACGGCCCCUUAAUGGCAGAGUUGCAUCCCAAAUCAAGAUGAAUUUGUAUUUGCAUCCUCUUGUACAGAAAGGCUGAUGCUGUUGUUCUCUUCUGGAAGGACGUGGGAUAUUAGUUUUUUUUGGUUCGGGUUUCAAGACGACACCUGAGAUAAUGUCAUAGUUGUCAAAGCCCAGCAAGGGUUACUGAGCUGAGGUUGGCGUCUUCGUUUAAUUUCACUGGGGACUUUUGUAUUUUUUUUCCACCUUCCUGGUAGCCCCCCCCCCCCCCCCAUCAUCGGGGCCAGUGCCUUAAGUCAUGGCACAGCCUCUGAGACGGAUGAAUCCUUCAGUGACGGCUCCCGUAACCACGGGAAACCGGAACGUUACCGCGCAUGGGGCCGUGCGAAUGCGUAGUUUGGUGCUGCUGCACACCGUGUGCUCACCCCCCCCCCCCCACUUACCCACCCACGGUGAGCACAUGGUGUGUGUCCACAGGGGGUGGGCCAGCUUCGCCAGAAUGUUCUGAGCGCUGUGAUACCCACUCCUGUCCUUUUUUGGGCUUUUGUAUGUCUGAGUACAGUUUUGUAUGUAAAUUAUAUACAUAAAGUGAAUCAAAUUUGAAGGUCAUGAAUGAAGAGAAUCAUGUCAGUUUCUAAGUCCCUCUUAUUUGUAUGGAAUUGUCACUUUUUCUAUAUAUUAAAGUGUGCUGGAUUUGCACUGGCCUGCA